ACCCGUGUCUCCUGUGUUUUCUAUAUUGCAGGCAGAUUCUUUACCUGCUGAGCCAUCAGGAAAGCAAAUGAAGGAAGCCUGAAUUCAACUAAGUGGAGGAAAUGAGGAGAUUUCACCUUGUCUUUGACAGCCGCCUUUAUAACGGGUCUUCACUCCUACAAACUUCGUUGAUCGUCCAAAGGCGGCUACUAACGCUAGCUCCUCGAGUCUCUCCGCCGUACGGAACCGCACUUCCUGCAAGAUGGCCGCCCCCAUGGUGUUUCUCCGGGGUGUUGACGGGCGCCGCCAUCUCUCCGUAAGCCCAAAAAGGCAAAAUAGAAUCCAGCCCGCGCCGCCACUGUUGGAUAGGGUCCAGCCUCUCAAAACUUGUUCGGCAUGAUCUCUGGUCCUGGAGCAUAGAGUAAAGUGAUUCAAGAUUGGUGACCGAGUGGAAUUGCAUGUACCCAGAGGUCAAAGACAGAGGAUGAGUUGCUUGGAUGGCAUCACUGACUCAAUGGAUAUGAGUUUGAGCAAGCUUCGGGAGAUAGUGAAGUCCUUAGAAUCAAGUGAAGUAAGCAGAAGGAAGUUCCAGGACCAGGAAAGGAUCACUUCCAGGAAUAUGUUAAUUUGAGAUGUGAAGUCUAUGAUCAGAAUUUGAGUGACAAUCUGGAAAAAUAGAAGAAUCCCAGUUCCAGUCAUUUUCUAAGAACAGAAGAAAAUGACCACGGUCCAGAAUCACCCCAGAUUAAAGAAGAAUUUGUUACUACGGGGAUCAUUAUUGUUUGAAGAUGUGGCUGUGGAGUUCACCUGGGAGGAGUGGAGGCUACUAGACCCUGCUCAGAAGGACCUAUACCAGGACGUGAUGCUGGAGAACUAUAGCAACCUGCUGUCUGUGGGGUAUCGAAGUCCCAACAAGCUGAAGCAAGGAGACAAACCAUGGAUAGAAAGGGAAAGUAUCCAUGAUCCAGGGGCCCUAGCACUCCCGUCAGGGCUUGGAGGCCACAGUCAACUGCCAGAGCCACCUGGAGCCUCCCAAGUUUACCUGUCCACCUCUCACUACUCUGAUGGCAACGAUGUGGCUUUGGAGAACUUUGUCAGAUGUCUUCCUAGCCAGUCUCAUGAGGGGAGGGAACAUGCUGAGAAGCAGAUGAAGCUGCGAGAACCUCUGAGGCGGCUGCAUCUUCCUCUGGUGUAUCCAGGAACUGGAACAGGAUGACUCAGAGUGGGCUCAGUGCAAUGGAAUGUGUGUUCCACUCAGAAAAGUGCAUGAAUCAGUCACUACUGGGACUGCACACACGUUAUAUGAUAUAUAAUACCUGCUGACAGAGAUGAGCCCUGCUUGUGUGACAACCUGAGUGAGCAGGUGAAACACACCAGAACUGAGUGACCACAUAACCGACUUGUGUGUGAUGAGGGUUCCUGAAUCGGGUGUGGCAGAGUGUUUCUGACAGGCAUACCCAAUGAUGAUGAGAGCUAAGCAUUAGGCUGGCUUCCCAGUGGCCAUGGGGGUGACUUCCAUGGUCACCAUGGUAGUGCA